ACUGAACCCCUCCUCAGCAGUUGCCUCAGCUCCGGGGGGGAACCCUUCCCGGUGACACGACGGCCUGAGCAGAACAGGCCGCCACACGCCAGAGCUCAUACCAACCCACACCGCCCAAGCCAAACUCCCCUCAGACCGUCUCCUCCCGCGCUGACGGCGCACUGCGGCCCCUCCCCGCGCACGCGCGGCUGCUGAAGGCCGCGAGGGCCGGGCUGGGAACAGCCGCUCUCGUCGCUGAGUGGUGGCGGCCGGGUCACGUGGUGUGCCGGAGGGGCGGGGCCUGCCGCCGCCGCUGCGCGCGCUGGAUAACGUGAGUGCUGAGGCGGGGAGGGGGCGCGCGCGCCUGCGGUGCCCUGGGCCGCCGCCGCGACAGCAGUUGGGGAGCGACCACCGGGUCCUGCCGCCUGCUCUCGGAGCGCCUGCCCACACCUUCUCCUUUCUCCCGGCUCUGCCGGCAGGGCCCGGACUGCCCGCGGCAGCUUGAGGGACGCCGGAGUGCGGUGUCCGCCGUUCCCCGGCGGAGGGUGGGAGGCGGUUGUGAGGCCGGGGCGUCGCGUCGUGUCCGGCGAGCCGCCUGUCCUGUGAUGCGUCCAGUACCCCGAAGCAAAGCCGCGGGGAGGUGUGUGGGCCAGGCAGGCUCCUGCCCCUGGAGCCGGUAGCUCUCUGGAACCAGCUUGUAGGAAGUUGGUCGCUGUCGAGUUCAUCUCGUCCGCUGCCGCCGAGUGGCGGAGCGGAGUUGACGGAAGUGAAGAGCUGAUUUAUGUUGCACUGUCAUAAGACUGAUGUGAUCUUUGUCUCCAGAGGAGGAAAUAGAGAGUAUCCACUAGAGUAUGUAUUACAGAAUUUCCAAACUUUUUAUGGUUUUAGAUUCAAACAGAAGACAAGAAAUUGAAGUCACCUUCACAUUUGUCUGAAUAAGAAGUAACAAUGCAGCGAAGGCAGGGAAGAGUCAAUGCUGGACUGCUUUUGCUGCUUUAUCAAAUUUCUCAAGUUGGACUUCAGAACAUUCCUUCCGUUACCCUUGGGGUUCUUGUGCUGAAUAUUUUUCUCUUUCUGAAUCCCGUGCUACCACUGCAUGAAGUGUGUAUCAGUGUAAACGAAGGCUUCCACAAAAAGAACUGGCAGCGUUUACUGCUCUCUCCCAUCCACCAUGCUGAUGACUGGCAUUUAUAUUAUAACAUGAUUUCCAUGCUUUGGAAGGGAAUAAUGCUGGAAAGAAAGCUUAAGAGCAUAUGGUUUGCAUACAUAAUAUCAGUAUUUUCAGUGCUGAUUGGAGUUGUUUACAUGGUGCUGGAAUUCAUGCUUGCAAGAAUUCUGGAUGAUCCUUCAUAUGAAAUGCAUUGUGCUGUAGGUUUUUCAGGAGUCUUAUUUGCUCUGAAAGUUCUUAACAAUCAUUACAAUCCAGGAAGAGUCAGCAGUGUCCUUGGAUUGCCAAUAUCCACUAAAUAUGCUUGUUGGGUGGAGCUGGUGGCUAUUCAUUUAAUCUCCCCGGGCACUUCUUUUGCCGGGCAUCUGUCAGGGAUUCUUGUUGGAUUGAUGUACACCAUGGGGCCUCUGAAAAAGAUAAUGAAAGCUUGUGCAGGUGGCAUUUCUUCAUUCACUGACCCUGCCAGACCAAGGGACCACUAUUCAGAUUAUUAUGGCUAUGCAGGUUACCAGUACAGAACACCGAGGAGCUAUUAUGACUAUACAGGUGGGCUUACGGAAGAAGAACAGCUUGAAAGGGCAGUGCUGAACAGUCUUAAUGAACGAAAUUUUGGUGGAGCAACAUAUAACGAGCGGCGGCCCUAUGGCUUCUGGUUUGCGCCCGAGCAGCACUCGGAAGAGGAAAUAAGAAGGCAAAGGCUUCGUAGGUUUGAGAGGCGAUGAAGUUGGCAGGUGUUGAUGUAAAUUGCAAAGUGCUAUUCUGAGUUACCAAAGCAUUUGCAGAUUCAUUUGUACUGUGCAGAUUCACUGUAUUUUUUUUUCUCUUGUUUUUUUUUACUACUAGCUACAGCACUGCAGAGGGUUUUGUGAGUUCAGGCUCGGAAUUGGAACUUGCCUAACAAGUGCGAGAUAGAAAUCAAAAAGUGAUCGCUGGCAGUCUCCAUCUUAAUGCACCUUAAACAAGGAGGAAGACUGAUGGUUUUACCAAACUGUCUUUUUUCUUACCUUCUUUCUAUGUACCUUCAGGAAUUUCGAGGCUUUUUAACUGCCAGUAUUCUCAGAUAACAGGGGUUUUUCAUCCCUCAUGGAUUCUAAAAGUAUUAUUUUUUGAUACAAUUGUAAAUCUUGGCAGUUUUUUCUUACAAACAUACAUUUUUAUGAUGACCAACUGCUUUUGGGAUUGAUAUGUAGAAUGUCACUUGAAAAAGGCUGCUUUAAUGACAACAGCUAGACCAUGUGAGUCUAAAGCUCUUCAGCAGUCUUGCAAACUGCAAAAAACAAUUGCAACUAUCUUUGCCCUAAGGAGUUAUGUAAUAAAACUUAGUGUUGCAGUCUUCCCUAAAACAUGCUAUUUUGUCUACAGCUUGUAUGAUAAAAAUGAGUUGUAACUACUUGUUAUUUCUUAAAGCCUUCCGUAAUAUUUAUGUUGUAAAUAAAAUGCUUCCCUUUAGAGUUGAAAUAAUUUGUUACUAGUUUUAUGGAAAGGCAGAAUAUAUUUGUUUAGUAACUUAUACUUUUUCCAAGCACCUAUUUUAAUUUUUAAGAAGGCUUGGAAAUUGUAUCAUGUAUAUGCUGUUCAUACAGCUUCAGAAGGCCAUUUUCUCUAUAUGUAUCUGAUUUGACAGCAGUAAGAGUUUGCAGACUGUAUUGAGCUUGUGUGGCAGCAGGGGAGCUACAGGGGUGGCUUCUGUGAGACGCUGCCAGAAGCUUCCCCUGUGUCCAACAAAGCCAAUGCCAGCUGGCUCCAAGACAGAGCUGCUGCUGCCCAAGGCCGAGCUCAUCAGCGACAGUCACAGCAUCUCUCUGGUAAUACAUUUAAGAAGAGGUAAAAAGCCCUGCACAACAGCAGCUGAGAGAAAGGACUCAGAAUGUGAGAGCAACAAAUCUGCACACCCCAAGGUCACUGAAAGAUGGAAGGAGGUGCUCCAAGUGCUGGAGCAGAGGUUCCCCUGCAGCCUGUGGUGCAGCCCAUGGUGAGGCCCUGCCCCUGCAGCUAUGGGGGUUAAUGGUGGAGCAGAGAUCGACCUGCAGCCUGGGGAGGACCCCACAUCAGAGCAGGAGAAUGCCUGAAGGAGGCUGUGACCCUGCGGGAAGCCCACACUAGAUCAAAUUCCUGACAGGACCUGUGAACCCAUGCAGAGAGCAGCCCAAACUGGAGCAGGUUUGCUGUCAGGACUUACUGACCCUGGGGGGGACCCAGCCUGGAGCAGUCUGCUCCUGAAGGACUGCACCCCGUGGAAGGGACCCACGCUGGAGCAGUUUGUAGAGAACUGCAGCCUAUGGGAAGGACUCAUGGUGGAAAAGUCUGUGGAGGACUAUUUCCUGUGGGAGGGACCCCACAUCUGAGCAGGGGAAGAGUGUGAGGAGGCCUCCUGUUUGAAGAGGAAGGAGCAGCAGAGAAAAAAUCACUUUCAUACAGAAAAAAAAAAAUCCUGGAACUAUUUUUUUACUGUUCCUUGUUGUGGUAGUUUGAGCCUGGCUGGAUGCCAGGUGCCCACCACACCGCUCUAUCCCCCACCUCCUCAGCAAGCCAGGGAAGGGGAGAAAAUAAGAUGGGAGUCUCUUAUAUGAGAUAAAAACAGUUUAAUAAAGAAACAGCAAAGCCGCGUGCGGGAAGCAAAGCAAAAGCAGAUAAGCUGUUACUCUCUACUUCCCAUCAGCAGCCAUGUCCGGCCACCUCCCGAGAAGCAGGGCUGCGGUACGCGUAGCGGUUGCUUUGGGAAGGCCAGAAAUGAAUCUCGCCUCCCCUUCCUGCUCCUCUCCCCCAGUUUGUAUUACUGAGCUAAAGUCAUAUGGUAUGGAAUAUCUCCUUGGUCAGCCUGGGUCAGCUGUCCUGGCCAUAGUCCCUCCCAAGAUUGUGCUCACCCACAGCUAUUGGUGAAGGUGGGGGAAGGAAUGCUGGAGGGACAGCCCUGAUGUUGUGCAAGCGGUAGUCAUAAUAUUGAUAUCAACAGUAAGCACAGCACUGCAGGAGCUGCUGUGGAAAAUCACUGCCAUCCCAGACCCACUACACUUGUUUAUGGGGUACAUUUUCUGGUUGUAACUAAGGUUUUGUUUGCUGCAAAAUGCACAAGCUAUUCUUUCUUUCCUGUGGCAUUCUUUCUUACACCUAUCAUCCUAGGAUCCAUUUUUGUGCCAAAAAGCAGGACAGUAGUGUUCCACCAGGAAGGUGCUGAAGGAGCGCCAGAAGAUGUGGCUGCAGCGUGGCUGUGAGUGUGCUCAGCUGUUCAGACAGUGCAGCAACAUGGCUUAUGUUACACAAAGUGCUUUGUUCAGGUUCUAAGAUACUUGGUGCAUGCAGAAUGCUAAUGUUUGCUGUAUUCUUGGUCUUGGUUGUUUCUCAAUGUAUGCAGUAGCCAUAGAAUAAACCAGCAGAUACUCAGCCAGCCUUCCAGUGCUCACUGCGAAGAGGGAUCCAAAAGCUGCCUGCACUUUGCCAUUGAACGUGCACAAACAUUGUCAGUGCUAAUAAUUGUUUGUCUGUUUUGACUUUCAUAUUAAAAAUUGAAAUAUAUAUUUUUUUACA